GCUUGAGGCUUGGCUGUCCUCUCGGGCUGAGUGCUGGCUGAGGAGGUGGCUUGGGAGGAGGAGGAGGAGGAGGAGGAGGAAGAAGUGGAGGUGGCGGUGGCGGAGACUGUGGCGGUGGCUAAGCCCGCGGUGCCGGAGGCAGGAGGAGGAGGUGGCGGCGGAGAAAGGAGGGAAGACCAGGGAAGACGGGGGCAGCGUCGGACUGGGGACUGAAGAGGCGCGAGCUGCCCGGGGCGGUGUUGUCGGCUCCCCCUCGUGCCCGCUCGCCCGGCCCCUGCGUACACCCUGCAGCUCCCCGUGCCCCCGGUGUCCGUGCCCCAGCGCGGAGCGCGCCCGGGCAGCCCCCUGAAUGACGGGCGGAAGGUUCGACUUCGACGAUGGCGGCACCUACUGCGGCGGCUGGGAGGAGGGCAAGGCGCACGGGCAUGGAAUCUGCACGGGGCCCAAGGGGCAGGGCGAGUACUCGGGCUCCUGGUCGCACGGCUUCGAGGUGGUAGGUGGCUACACCUGGCCCAGUGGCAACACGUACCAGGGCUACUGGGCACAGGGCAAGCGCCACGGGCUGGGCGUGGAGACGAAGGGCAAAUGGAUGUACCGGGGGGAGUGGUCGCACGGCUUCAAGGGGCGCUAUGGGGUCCGGCAGAGCCUUUGCACCCCCGCCCGCUACGAGGGCACUUGGAGUAACGGGCUGCAGGACGGGUAUGGAGUGGAGACCUACGGCGACGGAGGUACUUAUCAGGGACAGUGGACUGGAGGGAUGCGGCAUGGAUAUGGUGUGCGCCAAAGUGUACCCUAUGGCAUGGCGACUGUGAUCCGCUCACCCCUCCGAACAUCUCUGGCUUCUCUACGCAGUGAGCAGAGCAAUGGCAGUGUACUCCACGACAUUACCUCUGAUAGCCCAGCUGGAACGAGAGGUGGAUUUGUCUUGAAUUUCCAUACUGAUGCCGAAUUAAUGACUAGUAAGAAAAAAGGAGGCUUAUUUAGAAGAGGAUCCCUCCUUGGUAGUAUGAAACUUAGAAAAUCUGAAUCCAAGUCAUCGAUCUCAAGUAAGCGUAGUUCUGUCCGCAGUGAUGCAGCUAUGAGCAGAAUUAGCUCCAGUGAUGCCAACUCAACGAUUAGUUUUGGAGAUGGUGAUUGUGAUUAUUACCCAAUGGAAGAUCAUGUUGAUGCUACAACAACAGAAGCUUACAUGGGAGAAUGGAAAAAUGACAAACGAAAUGGUUUUGGCAUUAGUGAGCGCUCAAAUGGGAUGAAGUAUGAAGGAGAGUGGCUCAAUAACAAGAGGCAUGGAUAUGGAUGUACAGUAUUCCCUGAUGGCUCAAAAGAAGAGGGAAAAUAUAAAAAUAAUGUUCUGGUCCGUGGAAUAAGGAAGCAGCUUAUACCAAUAAGAAACACAAAAACUAGGGAGAAGGUGGACCGAGCCAUAGAAGGUGCACAAAGGGCAGCUGCCAUGGCAAGAACUAAAGUGGAAAUAGCAACUUCAAGGACUGCACAUGCAAGAGCUAAAGCGGAUGCUGCUGACCAGGCUGCCCUGUCUGCUCGCCAAGAAUGUGACAUUGCAAGGGCUGUCGCAAGAGAGCUUUCACCAAAUUUCUAUCAACCAGGUCCUGAUUAUAUCAAACAGAGAUUUCAGGAAGGCAUAGAAACUAAAGAAAACCCAGAAGAAAAAGUCCCGGAAAAGCCACCUUCACCAAAGGAAUCUCCUCAUUUUUAUCGGAAAGGCACAACUCCCCCUAGGUCCCCUGAGCCAAGCCCAAAAUCAAGCCACUCUCCUCAGCCUUCCUCCCCAGUGAAAAAGCAAAACCCCGGCUCAGGGGCAAGACUCAAUCAAGAAAACAAGGGUUUAGUCGAUGAGCAUGUAACAGCAGUUGUCAACAAGCCCCUACUUUCAAAGGUACCCCCAAAGGAGGAGGUAACAGCAUUGCCUCAGUCCAAGUACUCUGGCCGCCACAAUACCUCCUUCCACCCUGGCAAUGGGGAGUUGCAUUCACAGUAUCAUGGCUAUUAUGUGAAACUGAAUGCACCACAGCAACCACCAGAAGACAAGGAGGAAGAUGGAGGUAUGAGCCAGUCUUCUUUGGCACUGGUGCCCAAGCAACCACAUCAGAAGUCAAGUCCCCCUAAGUCCACGACAAAACUAGCUGCCAAAGAAAGCAAAUCUGAGCCAAAAAUGAAGAAGUCUGAACUUGCCACACCAAAGAAUCCAGCAAACAAUGAUUCAUGUUCUUCUUUGGGAAAAGAAGAUAAUUCGGGUCCUAAUUCAGUCAUGAUUGUCCUGGUCAUGCUGUUGAAUAUUGGGUUAGCCAUUCUUUUUGUUCACUUUCUAACUUGAUUGGAAUUAGGAAAGUUACUUACUGAUAUCACUGUUUUGACCCUUCAGUGAAGUCAUGACAACUAGUGGAAUUAGCCCACAGUUCUCUGCAGUAGUGUCAUCAGCCUUUUAAAUGGCAACACACCAGUCAUGCUCAGACACAGGGAAGGAGGCAUGGAAUUAGGAUGGGAUCGCAAGAGAGAUAUCUGAGACUUGGAAAAUUCAGCCAGAGGACCUGUUCAGUUCCCUUGGGGAUGGUUUGUGGCUUUGGGGUCCUCUGAAGGCUGAAGCAAGCAGCUAUGUUGGAGAGCAAAACUUAAUAAUGUUUUUUUAUUUAAAAAGCAAAAGCCAAACAAAACACCAAAUCUGCUGCUGCAGCCCCCAACCGGUGAAGUGCAUUGGCUACUCCAUCUGUCCUAGCAGAGUGUGACUAAACUGGAAAUGUAUGGAGCUGCACUUUUUGUUGAUGGAAGCUAACAGCUGCCUUACUGUUUUACCAUCUGACGUUUUUAGUAGGGAGCUGGGGAAAGGACUGCCAGAGGAAUGCGGUCAGAGGAUACUGUUGCUGUGGAAGUGACUCCAACAUUCACUCCUUUCUCAUUAGAAGAAAUAGUUAGCAGCAUCACUCACCAGUCUUAUGCCAUUACCUGCUGCUUUUAACUUCUCCUGUGGUGUUCUGGGAGAUUACAUUUUCUUUUGCUUGUGCAUGACUGUUCAUUUUGCUGUUGAUUUAAAUUUGAUGUAUAGCCAUGAUAAUUAAUGGUGUGAAGUCCUGGCUAGUGAAAAUGUAAUUGUUGCAUCUUGAGGUAAAUGCAAAACAGAAAUUAGUAUACAUGUGUAUUUUGAUAGAAAGGCAGGACUCUUCAUGACAUUCAUUUUCCUAAACUGGUAAAACUCUGUUUCCCUUUCAUGUUGAUUGGGCAGUCUGGAAGCACUAUGAUGCCUUCCUAAGUAGUCAUUAGGCUCAACAUGCUUGUGUCAGUACCACACUGAAUUACUUAUGGAACAUGGAGGCUCUUUGGGGUGAUAUUCUUAAAUGGGUAGCUAGACUACAAAAGGAUUCUGAGAAAUAGAAUCAAGGCUUUGCAUGGUUUGGGGAGUUGUUUUAUCUUUUUUUUUUAAUGCCAUUGUGUUAAUAGUGAAAAGUGUUCAAAGGAUUCAGUUUCGUCACUGAUGUACCCUAUAAGUGAAUAAUCUUGUUAGAGGCCAGUUCCACUGAAAAUGAAGCUAAGAUGCUAAUAAUAACUAUUAUUCAGCAGAGAUAGACUAAUUUUGUGUUGAAUACAUUCAGGUAGAGCAUAUAAAUUUGUUUUUAAAAUCACUGCUUAUCAAAUUUAUGCCUUUUGUGUUUUUUUAAAGACCAUAUGUAAUUUUGUUUCAAGUUUAAAAGCCUUAGAAAUUUUCAUUUGGGGUAUUUGUUUUUUGUGGUAUUUAUUAUUAUAUGACCUGCAUUUAUUUUGUGAUGUUAAACUGUAAUUACUAUAUCCUUUACUAUUAAAAGCAUGCAUAUUUACUUGCAGAAAUUGUAUGUAGGAUGCUUGUCCUCAAAGUAAACAUUUUUGUUAUUUAAAAAAUAAAUUGGAGGAAGGAAGAGACUUCUGUCUCUUUAUUUCAAAUAUUUCAUCGUUUGCAGUUUGGGAAACUUUUUGUAAACGCUUUUCAUUUCGUGCACGAUAUAACAAGAAUUAUUUCCAACUUGUAUGCUGUCUUUUCAGGGCAGCACUUACAGUAACAUAGGUGAGGACUUAAUGCUUUGUCUCCUGAGCCAGCUAACUGCAGGGUAGUAACCCAGUGGUGUUUUUUGCAGAAGUACAGUAUGUUGAGAAUCCUGUGUGUGACCAGUAUGGAAUCAAGAAGAAAGCAGAAAGAGAGCAAAUGAAAAUUGCAACCUGUGUAUUUAUUUUUUUAAAAAAAAUCACACUUUUACUUUGAUAUUUAGGAAGCAACAUUUUUAAAGUAAAAAAUGUUUGUCUCUAUAUAGAUCUUGGUACUAGAGGUCACUGCUCCUUCCUGUCCCACUCCAUGUCUCCUUACUGGGAAAGCUGAUUUUUUAACUGAAAUAUUUAAUUCUUAUUAAAUGUUUAUUUAAAGUACUUAAUGCUUUGGAAAUAAUGAGUAACAGAUAACUUCAGAAAAUGUUUAUAAAGUAAGCAUGGUGGUUCCAUUUAUAAAUAUAUGUAUGAUUUCUAAGCUUUUUUAAAAACAAAGCUCAAACAGAAAUUGUUGGUAUUUUUCUAAAAUGUGCACAAGCUGUAUUUUACAUGAAAGGCUAUUUAUAAUGGGUUGUUAUACUGUACACUACAUUUUGGACAGCACAUGAAGUCUGCCAAUGUACUUAAUAUGUCACUUUGUUUAUUUAAAGUUUCUUGCUGUGAAAGAACUCUUUACCUAUGAGUUCCUUUAUUUAUAGUCCUUGACCCCAAAAUGUAUAAUGUACAGUUUUCACAACUGUAUUUGCUCUAAUAAAAAAGUUGGUUAUUAAUAAA